GGGAGGGCCGGGAGCAGAGCUCGGCCCGGCAGCUCAACCUCUCUGCCGAGUCCCAGCCUAGCAUCUCCCCUUCCCCGCGAGACGCUGACCCGUGCUCAGCCAGCAGCAGCCUCUGGGAGGUGUGCGAAGGAGGCUUGUCCUGCCUCCAGGAAAUGUCCCUUGUCGGCUGAAGCGGGCCAGGCCCUGCUGCAGAGGAAACCACCCCCAGCCCAUUCUGCUGCAUCGUUUGCUACAGUGUUUUUGUCCACAUUAGCCAGGGUGGGAAAGGUGCUGCAGUUUUCUUUUGCACCCAGCAGUCUGGAACCACAGGUGUGGUUUGUGGUUGUCGGUGAGGGAAGCAAGCGGUAGGUGAUGAGUCGUGUGGUUAACCAAGUGACCGCAAGUGGCAAUGCUGAGCGAUUCUCAACCAGGUGCCCUGAGAUUCUUGUGCCACAGUGUUACCACUGCUCGGUGUGCAAGCACCUAGAGACGAUUCACAAGGCAAGUCCAGAGAUUUCAAAGAAGAAUCCACUUUGUUAAAAACGUUCUGAUUUGUUGGGGUCUUUCUGAGUUCAUAGAUUUCAUAGACAUUAGGGCUGGAAGGGACCUCGCGAGAUCAUCGAGUCCAGCCCCCUGUCCAAGGGGCAGGAAGUCAGCGGGGGUCAGAUCACCCUAGCAAGAUAAACAUCCCAAUUUUUUUGCGACAGAAGAAUUGCUCUAUUAUUUUCCCAUAUUUAUUUUUUGACAUGGCGAGUCACUGAAAGUGUCAGAGAGCUGCCUCGGGUCUAAAAAGUUUAACCACUGCUCUCGCUUCAUCACGCAGGCCGGGACUCUGAUAAAGUUAGACGCUGCAGGAAUUGGGUGUCUUAACUCUCUUAGUCUCAGUUACAGUUGCUGCCGCUCUCAAUAGCUGAUGCUGGAUCAAAUCCUUUCUUUGUCUUCAGAGCGCUUCCUGAGAACUCUGCAUGAAUAAGAGCAUCUGGAUUAAUUGAUCAAAAUGAAUUGCAAUCUAUAUGGCAAUUGAACGUUAUAACGGAGGGAAUAGGAAACGAUCCAAUUUCAGAUCUUCCAUUACUGGCAAGGUUUCAAAUCAAAUUGCCCACCGUACAGUGUGUGCCGUAUGCUGCCGUUCACACGCAGAAAACACAGGUGCAGAGAAUGGCUCUCUAUCCUACUGCAGAGGGAAAUCAUUAAAUGCGUAAAUGACUCACUUCAACUCUUUUCCCAUAAGACAUUUCUGUUUGAACAGUUGCCUCCUUUUUGAAAGCCUCUGUGAUAGGAGGUCAGUUCUUUCCCUUCUAUGGCUAGUACUUUGUCCGUGUUUUAUCUCACAGCUAAACUGUGCUGACACCUAGUGAUAACUGUGUGGCAUCGUGACACCGUGGCCGAGAAGGAUGCGGGUGAAUGGAUGCAGCGUAGGCUAUCAUAUGAUCUAAUUUUAGCAGUCCAAAACCAUGGAGCAGUCACCCCUAUCUUAUCAGCAACUUUAUUCUCUGGUGCUGUUUCAGUCCGGUAUGCUUGCGUUCCCUUUCUCAUCAUCAUUCAGUGACUCCCAGGUGUAUCUCCGAGCUCCUCCAUCUGAUGUGUUCAGUAUCUUCCUGUACUUGCAAACUCCUUUUCCCUUUAAGCAUAUCUCUAGGGAAAUUUGCAGAGAACCUAGCUGCAGAACUGCCUUGUUACAGUAUCCGGAGGUAUGGCACAAGUCUCUGUAUCUUUUAGCAGGGUUUGGAGCUGUACUUGCACACAAAAGGAUAAGUCAUGUAGAGGGAGGUCAGAGAGAGAGAGAAAUAGCUGGGGCGGCGGGGAAAUAAAACCAGGAUAUGAUCUAGACACCUGUCAGAUCUGUUUGGAGAACUUUCUGUGGCUUCUGCAUGCUUUCCUCUCAUCUGAUUUGGGACUUGUUAUUGGCAGUGGAAAAUCAGCUUGCAUCACGCUCUUGAAGUUUGCAGGUCCUCGUUUGCAGCGAGCAUUGCUUUCGUUCCUUGCUGUGUGACAGCUGCCACAUACGUAACUGUACUGUUGACGGGAGGCAGUAAGCAGCUGUGAGGUUCCCUGUUCACGAUUUCUUUCCUCAUUACUGUCAUGUUAGCCGUAUGCAACCACGGCUUAGGGCCGGUGCCCUCUCCUUGCUUGCCCUGAAGUCAGGUCAGUGCCCAUGACAUCACAAAGGCUACCUCUUGCUCCCUGGCAAUAGCUGAGCUCCCUGUGAUUGGGACGGGGGGAAGGCAUGGUGAUCACUGAACCCUGAAGGGAGCAGAUCAGAGGAGGAAGGGUGCUGAGGCCCAAGUAGCUCCCAAGCAAUCCAGACUGGAAGUCAAAACUGGUUAGAUCACAGUUUAGAUCUGAGAGCUCAUUUGGCCACCAGAGAUCCUAAGGAGGCAAAGGAUGGAUUAAUGCUUUUAGAUGCAGAGCAGCAACAUUUUAGCCACUUGAUUGGAAGAGUUUAAUCUGUUGGGAGACAGCCAAGAAGCUAGCCACUGCCUUCCUGAUCUAUAGACCACCUAGGUUUGAUUCUGUCCCCAGCAGGAACUGACUGUCUCCUUCAUGGAGGAUGACAGUGAACAUGAGCAGAGCUGCUGGGCAUAUCUACCUGAUGUCUGCCUCAGCCACGUGUUCUGGUGGUUAGACGAUAGGGACAGAUCCCAGGCUGCGUUAGUCUGUAAGAGAUGGAGUCAGGCCAUGUACGCAGGGUCUCUUUGGAGAACCAGAACCAUCACCUUUCGUGGGAGGCCUUCUAGGUUGCACACAUCAGAGCUUGAAUCUUCUCUGUGGUAUGUCAAGAAAUUUGGCAAGUACUUGGAACACCUCGAGAUCAGGUUCCUGAAUCCUUACAAUGCUAUCUUGACGCGAAAAUUUCAAGUGACAAUGAAAGGGCUUCUCUCACGCUUGGGCAAAUGUAACAGCCGACUGGUGUCCUUGAGUAUGCAGCACCUGGAGUUGGACCGAUUGGUCUGGAAAAUCGUGACCAGGAAUCAGUUUAUCAAGAACCUAAUACUUUUCCUGAAAAGAGUAGGCUCCCAUCUGGAUCAUCUCAGUUUGAAAGGAGCCAGGGUGACGCUGGAAGAAGGCUGUGAGCUUUUGAGCUCUUUGAGCUACUUGAAAAAUAAAAGCCUUGCCUCUGAAGUCAACAUAGAAAAUUUCUUCGAGCGUCACCUCGCUGUCUACAGAAGCCCCCUGUUUUGCGAAACCAUGUCCAAGUUCCGCAAUCUGGCCAUCCUGAGCCUCAAUUACAACUGCAUUUCCGAUGAACUGCUGGACACGCUGUGUGAACAUAAUGCCCAUUCUCUCUGGACCCUAAAUAUCAAAUGCCAUAUCCAUGACCCUCAUAGGCAAAUAAUCUGGGGGGUAUCCUGGGGAAACCUAGCCAAGAGAGCCCCCAAACUCAGAGUGAACUUCUUCUUUGAAAGAGUCAUGAAGCAUGACAAGUUAGCCAGGAUCCUGUUAGCAGAGAUCCCUGUCAGGAGCAUCAAUCUACGCAGCUGUUAUUUCAGGGACCCGGACUGGACAAUGAGACCCACCCUCACCAAUCUCUUGCCAUCUUACAAGCACAUCCUACAGAAAUUAACCCUUGAAUUCAACAACAGCCAUGAAUUCCUGGAUGAGGAACUCCUGCAGCUCGUGCUGUCAUGCAGGAAGCUGUUCUUUCUGAAAAUCUGGGCCUUCCUCGAUAUCACGUUUGUAGAGAGGCUGCUGCAAAAUCAGGUGGAAGGCAAAUGCACCUUGCGUACGCUGAAGGUGAGGAUUUAUACAAGUCAGCACGAAACCAUCCAAGAGGACCACAUGUUGAGAGAAAUUUACAUAAGAUACAAAGACCUGAUUAAUUCAGAGCUGAAUUAUUUUGUCAUCGCCUACCCGAUGAUGUGAAAACAGUGUGAUCCAUGAGGGGAAAAAAAU